CGAAAUUCUCCGCGCGUAUAAAAUUUUAGUAUUCGGUACGUGAAGCGACUCUAUGUCUGGUACUAUACAAAAACAACAACAACAAACCUGAAAUAGAUUUCGUCGGAGAGAGAGAAAAUUUCUUUUUGAAAACAUUCCUGUACAGAAUACAGACUCGAUAUCGUAGAGCGCGCAAAGGAACAAAUGAAAAAAGGAAAUUCACAUUCAGAGGCACCAUCAUCAUUUAUAGGAAAAAGUCAAUUAUUGCAGAAAUAAUUAUAAAUUCUUGCAAAAUUUAGUGUUAUUUUAUGAAGUUUUAAUCGGAAAUUUAGCGUAUUUAAUAGAAAGUUAUCGGAAAUGAGACGAGCGCGUCGCAAUAGAAUAUGGCACAUUAGUAUACUUUUCCUCGUGUAUUCAUGUUUGCACGUUUACUCGGCGACAGUUGGCACGUUAUCGUCGUUGGGCGACGAUGAUACGACGAGUGUCCCAUUGAGCGAUGUCGGAGGCACGGGAUAUGGAAGCGGCGUCUCGACACUGGCGAAUGAAGAACUUUUUGUCGAGACAACGCGAGCGACGUAUCACAAGCAUCACACGCAUCCAACAUGGCGACCAAGGCGGGAAAAUUGUACGCCGCCGAGCAUUGAGCAGUUUCCGAAACCGUUAAUGCCGCUCAGCUGGCGUCGUCAUGGCGGUUUGAUCAUUCAUGUGCUCGUUGCGGUUUUUACGUUUUUGGGAUUGGCGAUUGUGUGUGAUGAUUAUUUCGUUUCGAGCUUGGAUCGAUUGUGCGAAGAGCUGAAAUUGUCGCCGGAUGUUGCGGGAGCAACGUUUAUGGCAGCAGGCAGUUCAGCGCCUGAGCUUGCGACAGUUAUUAUUGGCGUGUUUUUCGCAAAAGAUGAUAUUGGUGUCUCUGGAGUAAUUGGCUCCGCAGUUUUCAACAUCAUGUUCGUUAUUUCCGUGUGUGCGUUAUGCAGCGGCGCUGUCUUAAAGCUAAAUUGGUGGCCCUUAGUUCGUGACUGCGCAUUUUAUGCCGUGUCGAUUUUCGCCAUGCUCAUCAUCAUUUGCAAUGACUUAAUUUCAUGGCCUGAGGCGUUAUUCAUGCUCUUGCUGUACGUGGCAUAUUGCGUUGCCUUACACUUCAACUCGGCACUCGAACGAUGGGCGCAUACCUGGAAUCUUCCAAUCAAACUUCCAACGAAAGAGGAACAAUCAGCCUUAGUUACGUAUAAAAAUGUCGCCGAGCCGUCGUACAACACGACGCAAGAUGACGCGACGAAAGUUGCCUCGCCCCCUGCCGUCGAUCCAGCGAGCAAUUACGAUCAGUAUGUCGAUCCGAAUGCCAGUUGGGAUCCGAAUGCGGCUUGGGGCGGCGAAUCAGCAGCGCCUGCACAACCCGCCGCUGCCGUCGAUUCUUGGGGCAACGAUAGUUGGGGAAAUCCCGUUUCGAACACAAAUGGGCAGCAAAAUUACGGUUACAACAAUGAUUAUUACGAUCAAGAUGGACAACCGCAGCAACAACAAGCGCCAUCUACCGAACAAACGCAAAAAGUUUCAACGCAAGUCGUCGUUGAUGAUUAUUACAGACCAAAAGAACCGCGUCCUGAUGCUCCGAAUCCGCUUGAGAAGCCGGCAAAUGGAUCGCAGAUCGAAAUUAUCGCAUGGGCGGUUGUUUAUCCGAUUCACUACAUGUGUCGCUUGACAAUGCCCGACGUUAGAACGGAAAAAUAUCGCAAUUGGUAUCCGUUUACGUUCAUGAUGAGCAUGGUUUGGAUCUCGCUCUACAGCUACUUCAUGGUUUGGAUGAUUGUCAUCAUUGGGGCAACGCUCGGCAUUCCCGACACCGUGAUGGGAUUAACCUUCGUGGCAGCGGGUGUCUCCGUACCAGAUGCGCUUAGCUCCAUUGCGGUGAUAAAGGAGGGCUAUGGCGAUAUGGCUGUAUCUAAUGCAGUUGGCUCCAAUGUCUUUGACAUCCUCAUUUGCCUCGGACUUCCGUGGUUCAUCCAAACUGCCAUCAUUAAGCCCGGAUCGCACGUUAAUGUUAUCUCGAAAGGUUUGGCAUAUUCAACCCUUUCACUACUUUCCUCCGUUGUCUUUUUCCUCGUGACAGUCCAUCUCAACGGUUGGAAAUUAGACAAACGUUUAGGCAUUUUCUUGAUGAUUUGGUACCUUUUAUUCAUCACACUUGCCUCGUUGUACGAGCUCAACGUCUUUGGACAGUUAAAUCCCCCCGAAUGCCCAAGCAAUUACUAAAGAAGAAAGAUGGAAAAAAGUCGAAUGGCCAAACAAAAUCCCAAAACACUUUCGAACGGAUACGGAAAACUCUCUAAAAAACAAAAAAAAUAAGAACUCGAUAAAUAUUAAAAAAAAAACUCAUAAAAAAUAUAUUGUAAAAAAAUCUGUUAUUGUGAUAAAAUGUAUGAAUUUUAAAUUAAUUAUUAGCAAAGUUAUUGUUAAAAAUUAUAUUAAAUUCAAUCCUUUCCAAUUUUUUUUCCUCCAUCCAUAAAACGUAAAAAAAAGUCUCCAUAGCUACUUAAUCUUGUCCUCCAUGCAUUUUAUUUGCUAACCAAAAACUCAAAUCUUCAGACAACGGCAUUUAUAGGUUUCCAACAAAUAAAAAAUAGUGAGAAAAAAAAAUAAAUUAAAAAAUAGCCAAAAA